AUGGCAACUAUCUACAAAGGCCGUGGAUAUGCCGAGGAUACUCCCAUCAGCAGCUAUGAGGAAUGUCUACCUGUGCCCCCACAGCUCCGCUCAGCACUGAUCAUCUUGGCUGAGGAGAAGGCUGUAUCUGCUGCUGUGAGACUCAAGAAAGAGAGUAAGAAGCCAGGCAAGAAAGAGCUGGCCCCUGCUAGCUGUACGUUGAAAAUUCUGCUGUGUCGCUUUGAUCUCGUCACCACUCGCACCUUCAAGUGUGCUCACAGUAAGGAUUCAGAAUCUGAGCUCGAGCACUUCUGA